AUGGCCAACAGGGCAGAACGCGAUAAAGCGCUCGCCGCGCUCAAAGUUGCCAGGGAAGGCGGGCGUCGAGAGUGGAAGGAGGAAGAAAACGUUGCGAUAUACGACAUUGUCUCAGAUGAUCAGUACAAGACCAUUGUUCAAGGAAGGCUUGCGAAGGACGAUUUCGUGGUCGAUGACGGCGUGCGAGGUUACAUGGAUAAUGGUGUCGAUGACUUCGAACAGGCUGAAGAGGAGAUGGAUAGCGAUGAUGACAUGAGAUAUGGGCGGUCGAGGAAGGGCAAAGUCGACGGGAAGGCGAAAGCGAAGGCGAAGCCAAAACCACCGCCCCCGGCCGUAACACCGAGCAUCAGUGCUUAUAGACCCGUAGUCUCUGCAGCACAGGAGACUGACUUCAUGACUUCACUUUUGGGCGACAUGGACGCCCUUCCCGCCCAACCCAGUGGGAGUUCGCGCAAGCGCAAAACCCGACCGGAAUCUGUAUACGACCUACCGAGAAUAUCGCCUGCUCGUGCUAUAGGCGAAUACAGGGACACCUAUCCAGAUAAAUUUGACGCCUCUUCUGAUGGAAUUCCCCAAGACAGUGUCGAACCGUCAAGCGAUGACCAGUUUCUCAGCCCAAAGAAGAAGAUUAGGACCGAGGCCAUUGACAUGACACCAGCCACUAGGAAAUUUGAACGAAUGGACUUCCAUAGCGAAACGGACGAAGGUGACACCUCGUUUGAUGGUCUGGACAUGGACGCGUUCAUGGACGUGGACGACGAGGACAUCAAUGGUGACGCGCCACUCAAAUCCGUGCUGAAAGACUUGAAUGUCCAGAAAAGGCCACUUGAGUCCAUUGAUGGAAGGCUCAACGUUCAGGACAAGAAAGCCAGACAGGACGACACCCCAUCGUGGCUCUCUGUCUACGAUUCUCUCAGCGUCGCGCCUGACGAUACUUUGGGACCGCUUUCCACAUCUGUAUCUACAUCUGCAAACUCCUCAAGUGCAUAUGUUCUUGAGGAAGAUGGUUCUCUACGAUUCUUUUGGCUUGAUUACCUCGAACAUGAGGGACAUCUCUACUUCGUGGGAAAGACACAAGACAAGGUCUCGAAGGCCUGGUUGUCGUGUUGCGUCACUGUCGAAAACCUGCAACGCAACUUGUUCAUCCUACCCCGAGAGCGGCGCAUGCAGGAGGACGAAGCCGGAGAUACCUACGAGACUGACGUGGUGCCCGAGAUGAAGGACAUUUAUGAGGACUUCGAUCGUGUUCGCAGAAAGGCUGGGAUCAAGCGCUGGAGAUCGAAGUUUGUCAGGAGGAAAUAUGCCUUCGGAGAGAAGGACGUGCCCAAAGGAGAGGCGCAAUGGAUGAAAGUUGUUUAUGGUUUCGACGAACCACAACUCUCGAACAACGUGUCUAGCCCGAACUUUUCACGCAUCUUCGGUACCAACACAAGCGCAUUCGAACUGCUAGUAUUGAAGCGCAGAAUAAUGGGUCCAUGCUGGCUGCAAAUCAAGAAGCCUCAUCUAGAACACAAGGGAGUCUCUUGGUGCAAAGUCGAAGCAACAGUAUCGGACUCGAAAGAUAUCAAUCCAUUUCCCGAAACGGAUGCCAAAGCUCCCAGGGAAAUACCCCCAUUAACCGUGAUGAGUCUUAGCCUUAAAACGAUUGUCAAUCACAAGCAGAACAACCGAGAGAUUGUGUGUGCCACGGCGAGGAUCUGGUCGAACAUACAAAUCGACGAUCCUACGCCUCCGGAAGCUCUCCCGUGUUCCGUGCGUACGUUUGUUCGACCGUUGGACCGCUUCCCGCCGAACUUCGAAGUACGCGCCGGACGCAAUGGCAAGGGCGUCAUUUCUCCCAUGAAGAACGAACGGAUGUUGCUGAACAGCUUGCUUGUGACUAUUCACAAAGCAGACCCUGAUGUUAUCGUUGGGCACGAAUUCCUGGGUGUCUCUCUGGAUGUUCUACUCCACCGCAUGAGAGAGCUGAAGGCAGACCAUUGGUCACGAAUUGGCCGUUUCAGGCGAUCGAGGUGGCCGAAUAUCGGUAGGCAAGGGAGCAACCUCCGGUUCGUUAACGGGAGGUUGGUCUGCGAUCUUGCUAGUGACAGUGCAAAGGGCAUGAUAUCGUCCACUACGUGGUCACUCACAGAAAUGUGCAAGACACAUCUCAAGAGUGAUAGGCAGGAUAUCGACCCAGACGACACUGCCAGCUACUUCGAUAGCGGUGUCAGUUCGCCAGACAGACUCCUCACCUUCGUCCGGCAUUGUGAGCUAGACGCUCACUAUCAAAUGGCGCUCGCCGCUAAGGUGCAGAUGCUUCCUCUGACGAGGCAACUUACGAAUUUGGCCGGAAACUCUUGGAACAAGACUCUCAAUGGCGGACGUGCUGAACGGAACGAGUACAUCUUGUUGCACGAAUUCCAUCGCUUAAAGUACAUCUGUCCUGACAAGCUGUUCGGCAAGAAGGCUGCCACUGCUGAAAAGAUCGAGGCACAGGAUGACGAUGCGGAAGGAGGUAAGACGACUAAAGGCAAGCGGGAUAAGUACAAGGGUGGUCUUGUUUUCGAACCUAAGCGUGGAUUGUGGGAUAAGUUUAUACUCGUUAUGGACUUCAACUCCCUGUACCCGAGUAUCAUCCAGGAGUACAACAUCGACUUCACCACUGUCGACAGGAUAGAGGAUGAGGAGGGUGAAGAAAAAAUCCCAGAACCGCCGAGUCCUGAGGUUGCCCAGGGUGUUCUUCCCCGUCUCAUUGCUACUCUCGUCAACAGACGUAGGCAGGUCAAAAGUCUAAUGAAAGACCGCAAAGCGACACAAUCACAGUUGCUUCAGUGGGAUAUCAAACAGAUGGCAUUGAAGCUUACAGCGAACAGUAUGUACGGUUGUUUGGGAUUCGAGUACUCCAGGUUCUACGCCCGCCCCCUCGCUGCCCUCACGACGUUCAAGGGUCGUGAGAUUCUGACGCAUACUCGUGAACUAGCAGAGAGUCUACAGCUUGACGUUGUCUAUGGAGAUACGGACUCGGUCUUCGUUAAUUCCAACGUCACUGAACUUCCAGAGGCACUCAAGAUAUCAGCAGAAUUCAAAAAAGCGGUUAAUGAUCGUUACAAGCUCUUGGAGAUUGACCUCGACGGUAUCUUCCAACGUUUGCUCCUGUUACAAAAGAAGAAGUAUGCUGCCAUCAAGGUCGAAGAUGGUGGACGAACAUCCACAGAGGUGAAGGGGUUGGACAUGAAGCGCAGAGAGUAUUGCGCGUUAUCUAAGGCGGUGUCUCAAUACGUACUAGACCAGAUUCUGUCAGGAGAGGCGACCGAAACUGUCGUUGAACGAAUACACGAGUAUCUCACAACUAUGGGCGAGGAUAUUCGCGCAGGCAAGGUCAAGUUGGACGAGUUCAUCAUCUUCAAGCGACUCGGAAAAAACCCAGAGGACUACCCUGAUGCUAAGAGCCAGCCACAUGUCCAAGUCGCUCUGAGGAUGAAGGCGAGGGGUGGCACCGCUCGAUCGGGUGAUGUCAUCCCCUACGUAUUUUGCGUAGGUGAGAGCGGCGAAGUAGGCAAGACCGCGCAAGCUGAGCGGGCGAAGCAUCCCGACGAGGUACGAAGGGCAAGCGACGAGUUGAAGAUUGACUACGAACAUUAUCUGGCACACCAAAUCUUGCCUCCGAUCGAACGUUUAUGUGAACCUAUCGAAGGGACCGACCGGUCGCGUUUGGCCGAGUGCCUGGGACUCGAUGCAAGCCGAUACCGCAGUCCGGCUGAGGCGGAAGAACGAGCGUUCGGCACACUGGAUUCAUUGAUGUCAGAUGCUGAGAGGUUCAAAGACACAGAUCCGUUCGUUGUGCGAUGUCGCUCGUGCCAGGGUGAGGUUGCCUUCGCGCCCAUCAGUGACAGAGAGGCUUCGUUGCUACUCCCUGCGGGCCCGACAUGUCCUGGGUGCCAUGGCAGAUUAGGCACGGCUAGUCUGCAGGUGCAGCUGGAGACGCAGAUCCGGGAACACAUCGCGAAGUACUAUGAAGGUUGGACUGUCUGUGAUGAUCCUACAUGCGGUAACCGGACGCGGAUGAUGGGUGUGUAUGGGCGAAGAUGUCUCCGGCAUGGAUGCCGCGGUGCAGUGAUGUUCGAAUACUCGGACGCGGAACUCUACACUCAGAUCCGGUUCUACCUUUCUCUGUUCAGUGCGGAGAAGGCGUUGAAGAGUGCAACGGGGACGAGAUUAGACGAAAUACGGGCCUUGGUCGAUCUGCAAGCCGAUUUCUUGCAGGUCAUGACCGACACUGUGGAAAAAUAUCUCGACCAGUGUGGGCGCCGGUGGGUGAACCUGACUGGACUUUUCUCUUUCAUGAAGAUAUAA